AUGAAAUCUAACAGUGAUCAACCCUCUUUCAUCCACCCAUACCUAAUCAAACUCUCUCCCACCUCCUCACUUUCUCUCUCUUACCCAUCUCUUUCCUCAACUUCCUCUUCUAUCUCUCACUCAUUCUCCCCUGAUUUCACCAUCUCCACUCCUCAACAUUCCCGCCAUUUAAUCUCCUCCUUCAAUGACCUCACUGUAACCGUCGAUUUCUUGUCUUCCGCUUUUCGCUUUGUAUUAGCUAGAGGGUGCCCUUAUGUCACUCUCGAAGUCUCUAGACCUUUACCUCUCUGUUUCUCCACCAAGGUGGUUAUCAAAUCAAUCACCUCUUCGUCGACUCAAACGAAGAACAAGAUCGAGCUCGCAAACAAACAAGUAUGGGUUGUUUACUCGUCUUCUGAACUAACCCUGCAGAAAAAGGAUGACAAUCAUGUCAUUAGCUCGAAACCCUAUUCUGGGGUUGUUAGAAUUUCAAUCAUACCCACCGAGAAUUCGAACAAAGGCGAAGAAGUUCUGGAUUUGUACAGCACUUGUUACCCAACAAAUGGGGAAGCAGUUUUUGCAACCCCGUUUCGGUUGGAUUAUAAAUGGGAGAAGAAAGGGUGGGGAGAUAAUUUGUUAAUGCUAGCACAUCCUUUGCAUCUUAAGCUAAUCUCAGUUUACAAUUCUGGGAUUAAAGUUCUUGAUGAUUUUAGGUAUAAAUCAAUUGAUGGGGAUUUAGUUGCUGUGAUUGGAAACCAAUGGAGUUUGAGGGUUGAUCAUGUUCCAAUUUCGUGGCACUCGAAACGAGGAAUUUCCGAAGAGAAUUACCCGGAAAUUGCGAGUGCAAUUUGGAAAGAUGUUGGUGAACUGUAUUCAAAACCAAUUUCAACAACCCAUUCUUAUCAUUAUGCAAUGCAGAUUUAUAGGGUUGCUAGAUUGGGUUUAAUUGCUGAGGAAAUUAAUUGCAUGGAUGUAAUCCCUGCAAUUAGGGAGUUUUUAAAGGGUAGUAUUGAGCCAUGGUUAGAUGGUAGUUUUGAGAAAAAUGGGUUUCUGUACGAUGAGAAGUGGGGUGGAAUUGUUUGUAAACCGGGUUCGACAGACCCGGGAGCCGAUUAUGGAUUCGGUUUGUUCAAUAACCAUCAUUUUACAUUGGGUUAUUUUGUGUUUUGUAUAGCUGUGUUGGCAAAAUUUGAUCAUGAAUGGGGAAAGAAGUUCAAGGGUCAUGCAUAUGCAAUUGUAGCAUCUUAUAUAAACUUGGGUAAAAAAGCGAAAAAGGAGAAAUCUAAGUAUGCAAAACUUAGAGCAUUUGAUGCUUAUAAGUUACAUUCUUGGACGAAUCUUUUACACGAUGAACAUCCCCGUAAUUCGGAGAAUCCGAGUUCUUCAAUCAAUGCAUAUUACUCAGCUUCCCUUCUGGGUAAUGUGUAUGGUGAUAAUCGUUCGAGAUUGAGGCUGUUAAGACAUGGUGGCAUGUCAAGGAAGGUGGGGUGUAUGAAGGGGAGUUCAGUAAGAAGAAUAAAAUGA